AUGGACGUGGACAUGGACGUGGACGUGGACAUGGACGUGGGCAUAGACGUGGACGUGGACGUGGACGUGGACGUGGACGUGGACUGGACAUGGACGUGGAACGUGGACGUGGACGUGGACAUGGACGUGGACUGGACGUGGACGUGGACAUGGACAUGGACGUGGAAUGGACUGGACGUGGACGUGGACAUGGACGUGGACGUGGACAUGGACGUGGACGUGGACGUGGAGGACGUGGACCGUGGAGGACUUGGACGUGGACGGUGGGACAUGGACGUGGACGUGGACGUAGGACAUGGACGUGGAGGACUUGGACGUGGACGUGGACGUGGUCGUGGACGUGGACGUGGACUGGACGUGGUCGUGGACGUGGACGUGGUCGUGGACGUGGACAUGGUCGUGGACGUGGACGUGGACGUGGAUGUGGACGUGUACGUGGACGUGGACAUGGACGUGGACGUGGACGUGGACGUGGACGUGGACAUGGACGUGGACAUGGACGUGGACAUGGACGUGGACGUGGACGUGGACGUGGUCCGUGGACGUGGACGUGGGACAUCGACGUGGACGUGGACAUGGACGUGGACGUGGGACGUGAACGUGGACGUGGACAUGGACAUGGACGUGGACGUGGACGUGGACGUGGACGUGGACGUGGACUUGGACAUGGACGCUGGCCGUGGACGUGGACGUGGACAUGGACGUGGACAGUGGACGUGGACGUGGACGUGGACGUGGACCUGGACGUGGACGUGGACGUGGACGUGGACAUGGACGUAG